ACACUUGAAAGUCGAAAGAGUCUUAAAUACUAAAAAAUUAAAAAUUAAAAAAAAAAAGAUUACAUUUCAGCUUAGCAAGCUUGUGUCAAUGGAAGUAGGAAAUACUUGGACAUUCUCUGAAGAACAAAAAGAAAAUUGUUAUACAGAUGGAUUCGGCUAUAAGAAGUGCAUUUCUCAGAAAGAGCCGCAAAAGUUUUUUGCUUCAGUUAGUGCAGGAGAGGAUAAGCCAUUUGAUUUCUUAGGCGCUUUAUAUGAGGGCAUUGUAGCUGGAAGCACUGCAGGUGUUGUUGCAGAAGCGGCUUUGUAUCCACUUGAUACAAUAAAAACUAGGCUGCAGGCUGCUCAUGAUGGAGGAAAAAUUAUGUUCAAGGGUCUUUAUUCUGGAUUGGCUGGAAACCUUGCUGGUGCCUUUCCGGCUUCUGCUGUAUUUUUUGGUGUUUAUGAACCUGUGAAACAGAAAUUGCUGAAAACUUUGCCUGAAAACCUCAGCGCUUUUGCUCAUCUGUCUGCAGGUGCCAUUGGAGGUGCCAUUUCUUCCCUUGUUCGUGUGCCGACAGAGGUUGUUAAGCAGAGAAUGCAAACCGGGCAAUUUACUUCAGCCCCUAAUGCUGUUCAUGUUAUUGUUGCUAAAGAGGGUUUUAAAGGUCUCUAUGCGGGAUAUGGAUCCUUCUUAUUGCGAGAUUUGCCUUUUGAUGCUAUCCAGUUCUGCCUCUAUGAGCAACUCCUAAUGGGAUAUAAGCUGGUGGCACGAAGAGAUCUGAAAGAUCAUGAGAUUGCUAUAAUUGGUGCUUUUGCUGGUGCAAUAACUGGAGCUCUAACUAAUCCCCUUGAUGUGGUAAAAACUAGAUUAAUGGUUCAGGGACCAGCAAACCAGUACAAAGGGAUUUUUGAUUGUGCCAGGACUAUUACUAAAGAAGAGGGAGUUCAUGCUCUUCUCAAGGGUAUUGGACCAAGGGUAUUAUGGGUAGGUGUUGGAGGUGCAAUCUUCUUUGGUGUCCUUGAAAAGACAAAGCAGAUACUUGCUCAAAGAUGCCCAGGUCCUCCAAUGCCAGUCUCUUUCAAGCAAGAUUAACUUUUGCUGACUACCAGUUGAAUCUUCUACCAGCCACCAUCUGCCAUUUGAUAGUUUCCUUCAGCUAAUAGAGAAUUAGACCAUUGCAGAAACUUGGGCAUUGACUUUAAAACUAAAUGCUUUAGAGUGUGCAAGUGCUGGGAUCAAUUUUGAUGGAUAUAAUGAACUGUUUUCGUUGUUAA